CAGGUGGCGCGCCACACAUUGCGCGUGCGUGGUGCAGCCGCUAUUAAUGGUUCGUUUGUUCAACGAUUAAAGUCCUACGUGAUCUGAGUUCAGACCCGAGUAAUCCAGUGGUGAGCCUCUUCUUCAGCUUGGGAAAAAUGGCAGCGUUCAAGAAGUUAAAACUUCUUCUUUGGAAGAAUUUCACCUUGAAGAAGUGGAAGACUCUGGUAACACUCCUCGAAAUCUUGAUGCCAUUACUGUUUUCUGCAAUUAUAUUGUAUCUUCGUUUCAGUAGUGUGCCACAAAAAAGACAUUCUACUGUCUAUCAGGCAAUUGAUAUCAGUUCAUUGCCAGAAUAUUUCCAUUAUUUUCCUCUGAAAAGUAGAUUUCAACUGGUUUAUAUCCCUUCCAAAAGUGAAUCUUUGAAAGCUAUCACUGAAAUGGUAGAACGAGCCUUUGAUGUCGACUUUGAAGUUCUAGGCUUUCCUUCAGUCCCUUUUUUUGAGAAGUACAUAAUUAAGGAUCCCAAGGCUUUCUACAUAUUGGUGGGAAUUGUUUUUGAACAUAACUUCAAUGACAGCAAUGAACCUUUGCCACUUAGGAUAAAGUAUGACUUGCGCUUCAGUUAUAUUCAGAGGAACUUUGAACCAUCAUUGAAGCAUUUAUUUAUUCUAGAGGACAUAGAAGGCUGGUGUACAGCCCUACUUUAUCCUCCUAAUCUAAGCCAAGGACCCCGGGAAUUUGCUUAUUCUAAUGGCGGAAAUCCUGGUUAUAACAAGGAAGGCUUCCUGGCAAUACAGCAUGCAGUAGACAAAGCCAUCAUGUGGCACCAUGCUCCCAAUGCAACAUUCAAUAUGUUUAAGAAUCUCCAUGUGCUGCUGCAGAGAUUCCCAUAUGGUCCCCAUAUCUGCGACUCAUUCUUCAUGAUCCUUCAGAAUGAGUUCCCUCUGCUUCUCAUGCUCAGCUUUAUUUGUGUUGAGCUUAUCACUAUCAAUUCAGUUGCACUGGAGAAGGAGAAGAAACUGAAGGAAUACAUGUGUAUGAUGGGAUUGGAGAGCUGGCUGCACUGGGUUGCUUGGUUCAUCACGUUCUUUGUUUCUGUCUUAAUUGCUGUUUCUGUUAUGACUGUUCUCUUCUGCACAAAGGUUAAAAAUGUGGCUGUGUUCAAGAACAGUGACCCUAUUUUGAUAUUUGUUUUUCUAAUGUGUUUUGCCAUUGCCACAAUUUUCUUUGCAUUCAUGAUCAGCACAUUCUUCCAAAGAGCCCAUGUAGGAACUGUGAUAGGAGGCAUCAUCUUCUUCUUCACUUACCUCCCCUACCUGUACCUCACUUUCAGCUACCACCAGAGGACCCAUGUCCAGAAGAUAGCCUCUUGUCUCUUCUCAAAUGUUGCCAUGGCAAUAGGAGUCCAAUUCAUCUCUCAGUUUGAAGCAGAAGGCACAGGUAUCCAGUGGAGGAACAUAGGCAGUAUCCGUGGGGAGUUUAGCUUCAUCCAGGUGCUGAUGAUGCUCCUGCUAGACUCCUUCUUAUAAGGUCUGAUAGCCAUUUUUGUGGAGGCUGUCUUCCCAGGGAAGUUUGGAAUACCUAAGUCUUGGCACUAUCUUAACAAGUGUUUCUCCUGGCUCAAAAAGCCUGCUCCAGUGAUACUACCACUCCUGGACAUCAGGAAUCCUGACAAACUUUCAAGAAAUGAGUUCAUGCAGGAAGAGCCAACUGAUCUGAUGAAAGCAAUUGAAAUCCAACAUUUAUAUAAGGUGUUUUACAGGGGAAGCAAAGAACACAUAGCAGUCAAAGAUCUGAGCAUGAACCUGUACAAGGGGAAGAUCACUGUUCUGGGACACAACGGAGCAGGAAAAACCACAACCUGCUUCAUGCUUACAGGUCUUAUUGCCCCUUCGAAAGGACAGGCAUAUAUCAAUGGAUAUGAGAUUUCAACAGACAUGGUUCAAAUUAGGAAGAGCCUUGGUUGGUGCCCCCAACAUGACAUCUUAUUUGAUAACUUUACAGUAGCAGACCAUCUUUCUUUCUGUGCUCAGUUGAAAGGCCUGUCUCUUCCGAAGUGCCAUGAAGAAAUAAAGCAGAUACUAAGCAUCCUCUGUCUGGAGGACAAGUGGAACUCAAAGUCCAAGUACCUGAGUAGGGGGAUGAAGCGCAAGCUGUCUAUUGGCAUUGCCCUCAUAGCUGGCUCCAAGAUUUUGGUUUUGGAUGAGCCCACUUCAGGCCUGGACUCCACCUCCAGGAGGGUCAUCUGGGACCUUCUUCAGCAACAAAAGAGUGACCACACCAUCCUGCUGACCACCCACUUCAUGGAUGAAGCUGACCUGCUGGGGGACCGCAUUGCCAUCAUGGCCAAAGGGGAGCUGCAGUGCUGUGGGUCAUCACUGUUCCUCAAGAAGAAAUACGGUACAGGAUACUAUAUGACUUUAAUAAAAACACCUCUCUAUGACACAGAGAAGGUUUCUGAUCUUAUUUAUCAGCACAUACCAAAUGCAGUUUUGGAGUCCAGCAUUGGAGAAGAAUUAAUAUUCAUACUUCCUAAGAAGACCAUGCCCAGGUUUGAAGGUCUAUUUACUGACUUAGAAAAGAGGCAGGAAGAGUUGGGAAUCUACACUUUGGGGGCCUCUGUCACCACCAUGGAGGAAGUGUUCAUUCAGGUUUGUAAAUUGGCAGAUUCCAGUACACAUAUCUUAACUGAGAAGCGACCUUCUAUUCAGCCCCAUCCCCAGAUUCACAGAGUUCCUGUUGACAGAAUUAGAUAUCUUCACUCAAGAAUAUUCUCAAAACAGACUGAUCUGACAAUCAAACUAAACAUGGGAUUUAGUCUUCUCUGCCAGCAAUUCUAUGCCAUGUUCCUGAAAAAGGUAGUAUAUUCUCAGCGCAACUGGAAAUUGAUGUUACCUGUACAGGUCCUAUUGCCUUUGGUGAUCAUUAUGUUAAGUCUCACUUUCUUCAACUUGAACUACAUGGAAAAUGUCCCAUUGGAACUGACUUUAAAAACAUACGGUCAGACUAUUGUUCCAUUUUUUGUUUCUGAUAAAUCCCACUUGGAUCCUCAACUUUCAAAUCAUUUUGAAAAUAUGCUUGUGGCUUCAGGACAGAUUCCUCUGAAGAUUCAAGGUUCUGUAGAGGAGUUCAUACUUAAAAAGGCAAAAGAAGAUCCUGAGGACUUUGACCGGCGCUACUUGGUGGCAGUUUCUUUCGAAGACAUAAAUAACCAUACUGUAGUGAAAGCGCUGUUCAACAAUCAGGCAUACCAUUCCCCUGGCCUGGCUCUGGCUCUUGUGGACAAUCUUCUCUUUAAGUUGCUUUCUGGUUUCAAUGCGUCCAUUACCACCAUCAACUACCCUCAACCUCAGACAUCUGAAGAAGUCUCAGAGAGUAUCCUGUACCAGGGCCCAAAAGGACAUUACCUUGUUAUCAACUUUCUUUUUGGAAUAACUUUCCUGUCUAGCUCUUUUUCCAUCUUGACAGUCAGGGAGAGGCACAUUAAGUCCAAGCAUGUCCAGUUUGCAAGUGGAGUCAACAUGGCUGCUUUCUGGUUCUCUGCUUUGCUAUGGGAUCUCUUGUCCUUCUUGGUCCCUACUCUUCUGCUAGUGUUGGUGUUUUUAUGGUACGAUGAAGAAGCUUUCACACACCGCGACAGCAUCCUGGCUGUAGUCUCAAUGUUGAUGCUCUACUGGUGGGCUGUCAUCCCCCUCAUCUAUAUGGUCAGUUUCUCUUUUGAGAGUCCUGGUACUGCUUGUGUUAAGCUUACCAUCAUGCUCACCUUCUUGAGCAUCUGCCCCAUCGUGCUCAUCUCAGUCACUGGUGAAAGAGAUCUGGGCUACCCAGAACUCUCACACUCCUUGGAUCAUAUUUUCCUAAUACUUCCUGGGCACUGCCUGGGCAUGGCAUUUUCCAACUUGUAUUACAACUUUGAACUAAAUAAGUUUUGCACUGCUAAGAACCUGAGUGACGCCGAUUGCAAUGAUGUUUUAGAAGGCUAUGUGGUCCAAAAAAAAAUCUAUGCCUGGGAAUCCCUUGGGAUAGGGAAGUACCUGGCAGCCCUGGCUAUCUUGGGACCUGUAUACAUCAUCCUGCUUUUCUUCAUUGAAACUGAUAUGUUCUGGUUACUGAAAUCCAGGAUUAUUAACUUCUAUAGGAAGCAAAAUUUGGAAAUGUUCCAAGAUGUCACAGAGUCUGAAGAUGAAGAUGUAAUAGAAGAGGCAGAAAUCAUCAAGGUUAAUUUGGAAAGUAUACGAAAGCAAAAUCCACUUGUUGUUAAAGAAGUGUCAAAGAUCUAUGAAGAUAAGGUGCUGGCUGUGAACAAGGUGUCCUUCACUGUUAAAGCACAAGAAUGCUUUGGCCUUCUUGGCCUCAAUGGAGCUGGGAAGUCUUCCAUUUUCAAAAUGCUGACCAGGGAGAAGCCCAUCACUUCGGGGGAUGUCUUUGUCGAGGGUCUCAACAUCAAGACUAACCUAAGGCAGGUGCGGCAGUGGAUUGGUUACUGUCCUGAGUUUGAUGCCCUGCUGAACUUCAUGACUGGAAGAGAGCUGCUGGCCAUGUAUGCACGUAUCCGGGGCAUCCCUGAGUGCCAUAUCAGCACCUGUGUGAACCAGAUCCUUGAGGACUUGUCCUUGUGUACAUAUGCCGACAAGCUGGUAAAGACUUACAGUGGUGGCAAGAAGCGCAAGCUGAGUACCGGCAUUGCCCUCAUUGGAGAGCCUGCAGUCAUCUUCCUAGACGAACCAUUCACUGGCAUGGACCCCGUGGCUCGGCACCUGCUGUGGGUCACUGUGGGACGGGUUCGUGAGUCUGGAAAAGCCAUUGUCAUCACUUCCCACAGCAUGGAGGAGUGUGAGGCCUUGUGUACCCGGCUGGCCAUCAUGGUGCAGGGUCAGUUCAAGUGCCUGGGCAGUCUACAACACCUCAAGAGCAAGUUUAGCAGCAGCUACUCCCUGCAGGCCAAGGUCCAGAGGCAAUGGCAGCACGAGGUGCUAGAGGAGUUCAAGGCAUUUGUGGACCUGACCUUCCCAGGCAGCAACCUGGAAGAUGAGCACCAAGGUUUGAUUCAGUACCACCUGCCUGGUCAUAACCUCAGUUGGGCAAAGGUGUUUGGCAUUAUGGAGCAAGCCAAAAAGGAUUACAAGUUAGAGGACUACUCAAUCAACCAGGUCUCUCUGGAGGACAUCUUCCUGAGCUUCACCAGCCCUUUGACCCCACUAAAGGAAAAUUCUCACAACGGAAAACAAAUCCAGGAUCCAGACUAA